GCACAGCCUGCUAGAAGCCAAACGCGCAGCUGUGGGGCGCCUUCAGCACGGCUCCACGGAGCAGGCGCAGUGCCCGCCCUACGCACCAGCUGAGGCUGCGCGGGGCGAUGGGCGCGCGGCGGGCGCGGGCGCUGCUGGGCCUGGUGCUGCUCUGGAGCUGCGCCGGGAUGGCCGAGGAGCUCCUCGCCACCGCGACUCCGCCGGCACCGGCGCAGGCAUGUUCAGAGUUUUCCCAGAGGUCCUGUGAAGAAUGUUUAAAAAAUGUUUCGUGCCUUUGGUGUUUCACCAACAACACUUGUACUGAUUAUCCUGUAAGAAGCAUUCUUCCAUCAUCUUCGUCAUGUUCACUCUCAAAUGCUCGAUGGGGAGUUUGUUGGAUAAACUUUGAGGCUUUAAUUAUUGCCAUAGCAGUAGUAGCUGGAAUCAUUCUGGUGUCCGUAGCAGUCUGUUGCUGUUACUGCUGUUACUGCAGAAAACGUUUCAAGAGUAGACCAGAUGAAGAAGAAGAACAGCUAGCUAGAAAGAGAGAGGAACGAAGACUGCAGUCUCUUCAGAGGAAACAUGAAAGAAAACAGAAGCAUGAUGAAAUACGUAAGAAGUAUGGUCUUCUCCAGGAAUCUGAUAAUCCAUACAGCAGAUUUGAGAAUGAAUAAAGCUGUGCACCUUCCUCUGGACGUGUAGCUCCAAAAUACAGAAAGAAUGUGGGUUUAUGGUGGUUUCCUUUGUUGCUUAUUUUCAUUUGCUCUUUGAGGUUGUCUUUUAUUUCCAAAGAUGGUUCCCCACCUCCUCCCACUGGUUAUAAAACUUAGGUGUGGGUAGAGAUUUCAUGAAAUACAUGUCUCUAUCUUUUAUCCAUAUAUUAUCCAUAUAGAACUGUUUUUCUUAUAAAUGGUUUUUGGAUGUAGAAACAUUUGCUGAUUAUAUUAACAUGUUUGAAACAUUACCUUUCUUCCUCUUAAAACUGUCUUCUGUUAUCCGAGUUAGAUGGUUAGCAGUCACAGUCAUGUACUUAAAUUCAGCAUCAACUGCCACCUGAACCGUUCUUCCUGUGUUCCUAAAUAAAGAUUUUUCUUUAUUGUAUCUGUUUUUAUAAAAAUAGAAGGCAACAAGGGAGCAUAGCUUCACACAGCAGAAAUGGCUGAUGUUGGUACUGAGGUGGGUGAAACUACAGCAGGCACAUUCUUAUGUACCACUAUAACAUGAGAGAAGUUUUCUUUUUUUUUCCCUUCAAAAAACAGUCUUCAAAACUACUGAACUAUUGUCUAAGGGCUUAAUGAGGGGAGCUUAUUUGUUUUUGAGUAAUUAAGUGCAGUUGUGAAAAUCACCGAUUUAAAAAAAAAAAUAAAUUACUUCUUUAGCAAAAUUGGUAGAAGGUAAUUUUUGAAAUGAAUAUAGAAUGUGACUUGGUGUGUAUGUACCUACUUUUAAGAAGGAACAUCAGCCUCUGUGAACACUUCUUUUGUAUGCUUUUUUGUAAGUUGCCAACGUUCUGUAGUUGUAAUGGAGUGUGGUGAUUUGAACCCAGCCAGCCAGCACCUGAGCACUGCUCACUUGCUUCCCUUCCUGCAGUGCAUGAGGGAGAAAAUGGGAACAGCACAAGUGAGAAAACCUAUGGGUCAAGAUUAUGACAGUUUAGUAAGUCAAGGAAGCAGGACAGAGAGAAAAAAAAAAAAGGAAAAGGGUGAUGCAGCACCACUUUCCAGAAGCAAUCUGUGUAGUGGCCAACUCCCACCAAAACACAUUCCCCUCAGGUUUUAUUGCUGAGCAUGAUGUUAUAUAGCAUGGACUGUCCCUUUGGUUGGUUUGCACCUGCUGUCCCAACACUUCUCUCUUUCCACCUCCUUGCACAGCCUCAGCCUGUUUGCUGGUAGGGAGUGGACUGUGGGGAAAAAGAAACCCUGACACUUUGCAAAUGCCAAAGCAUUGGUGUGUUAUCAGCUCUGCUUUAGCCACAAACACAAAACAUUGCACUGUGCAGACUGUACUGUGAAGACUGUUAAAUCCAUCCCAGCCAGAUCCUGCAUACUAAGUAUUUCAUUAACAUUUUAUUCUUUUCCAUAAUGUGAUCUACUUCCUCUUUUCCUAGAGGUUUUUCUUUGGGCAUUUUUACUUGCUUACCAGUAUGAUGCAGCAAGUGAGGAACUUGUUAACUAACGGUUUAACUAACCUUCCUUUCUGUGUAUUAUCAAAAAAUGUACAGUAUUGAAGAUAUGUUAUUUUUAUCAAUGUUCUUAAAAUAAAUACUUUAACAUCCUUA